GACAGCGAGGUUCAUCGGCAGGAGGAGGUGUACACCGAUAAGGAUCGCGCGGCUGCUGUGAACAUGGGUACCACGGAUAUAAAGCAGUCUCUGAAGAUGAAGCAACGCCAGGAUCGCAGCAAGAGCCUGCAGAUCCCGGAGGAGACCGAGCCCGGGGCGUUGUUGGCGCUUGGUCUGCGUGAAAUGCGCUUCGGCGACGUUAAUGUCGCUAUUAACUGCAUCAAUAAGGUUUCUACCUGUUCGCCUCAUUGUAAGGGAUCGUUAAUUCUUUGCAGGCACAAUCGAUGAGAGUGAUUUAUGUCUUCCGUACACGGCCGUGC